CCCACAGAGCCGCAUGCGAAUACGACGCACAACCACCACGAGCGAGCACAAUGGAGCAAGCUAGCAACGCGCAUGACGAGCUGAGCCUCGAGCUCACCCUGGCCAGCGCCGUGGGCGUGGCGCUGGCGGUGCCUCGCAUCUUCCUCUGCGCCUACUGCGACCGCUGGUUCCUCACCGCGCAGGGGCUCGGCGGCCACCAGAACGCGCACAAGCAAGAGCGUGCCGUUGCCAGGCUCCACCGCGACGCCGCCACCGACAUGGGCGCUACCCGGGCAUGGAAGGCUGCUUCUGGGAUGCUCCAGGGGCCCGAGGAAGAGGAGCUGGACUUGUCUCUCCGGCUUUAACCGGUCGGCCGAUCUAUCUCUGCUAAAAUGGUUGCUCCGCACCACUUAUUUCGGUAUUAGGUACGUCAUGGUAUACCUACUUUGCGUGGACCCUUUGUUUCAAGCUCGUGUUGGGCAUCCUGGCAAAAAGAAAUUCAUGCGGGGAGGCAUAGGAUUCAACGGCUCUUCUACUUUUUUUGGUAGUAUUGAACUGGAUCUUCUUGGGAUGAAACAAAA